UUGGUCCAGUCCUUUCAAAGUCAAAGAAACUUCCCAAAAUAUUCCCUUCUGACCAAACUACCCCUAAUUCAUCCCACUAUUUCCACCAAUGUCCUCCCAAAACCUCCCAAUCUCAGAUCCUCCGUCGUCCACCGGCGGCAACGCCUGGUCCUCCGCCAUUUCCGCCACCCCUGCCUUACGCGCCUUCAUCUCUCGCCUCACCGAAUCCACCAGACGCGCAUUCACGCGCCGCCGCCCGUGGUACGAGCUAGUAGAUCGAACCGCCUUUUCCAAACCGGAAUCUCUCACCGACGCCACUUCUCGCAUCCGGAAAAACUAUAACUACUUUCGCGUCAACUACAUAACCUUACUCUCCGCCGUGCUCGCUUUCUCUCUCCUCUCUCAUCCGUUCUCUCUGCUCACAAUCGUCUCUCUCAUCUCCGCAUGGCUGUUUCUCUACAUCUUCCGUGCUCCGGAUCAGCCGGUGGUUAUCGGCGGCCGUACGUUUUCAGAUCGUGAGAUUUUAGGUAUAUUGAUCAUCCUCACGGUGUUUGUUGUGUUUCUCACUAGUGUCGGUUCACUCCUCAUGUCGGCGACGUUGAUCGGACUCGGUAUUAUUUGUGUUCACGGCGCGUUUCGAGAUCCGGAAGAUCUGUUCCUUGACGAUCAGGAGAUUUCCGGCACCGGACUGUUUUCUUCGUUCGGCGGAGCUGCUACCACCGCCGCUGUUGCCGAUGUGAUGGCGCGUGUUUGAACAGAUAAGUUUGAGUACUCAGAUGCAACUGUUUAUUCGAUUAUUAUUUCGUCAAUUUUAUAGAUAUUUUGUUGAUUUUUGUCUUGUAUGUUUUAGAUUUGUGUAAGAUCUGACGGUUUUCGAUGUAUUCUGGCUACGUAAUGUAGAUUGUUGGAUCUGUACAAGUAUUCAUGAGUAAUUCUUUUUAUUUUACUGUUAUUGAAUCAAAUUCGUCAAUGAAGUUUGGUAAAUUUACAUAUGCA